AUGGCUCCCACCGUUAGGCCUACGUCCACCCAGUGGACAUUCAAGCCUCUAAUCAUGUCGGCGAGCAACACCAAUGCCACCUCCCUAAGUACGGGUGAUACUGCUGCGACAGUUUCGUCGGCUGCUGCGUCGGCGUCCACAGCGCCGACUAGCACCGCAGCCGAUACACUGACAAGUACUUCUGCUGACACUACCUCCACGUCAAUAGCCCCGGAGACCACCACAACCUCCAGCACUCCAGAGACGACAACUGCAACAACAGCGUCUAACCCACCUACUACUCUUACUACUUCAGAAACAACUACCUCGGCUCCUGCAACAACAGCGACAACAGCAACAGAGCCGACGACCACUGCAACAACUGCAGAGACCACAUCAGCCACUUCGGUCUCGUCUGAAACUACUUCUCCGACAACAUCUACAACGGCAACUCCAACCCCGACCACACAAACUUCGGUCUCUUCCUCCGUGAUAGUUUCUGAUGGAACAACGAGUACUCAGAUUAUUACGAAGACCAUUGUCAACACUCCAAGCGCUACAGCGGACUCUGCGUCUACGACCAGUGCUGGAUCGAUACAGACCAGUGAUUCUAACUCCAGUAGUGGCAUAGGCACCGGUGGGACCAUCGCCGUUGCGGUAGUUGUUCCUAUCGCUGCUGUGGCAAUUCUGGUUGCUCUGGGCAUUUGGUUGUGGAGGAAGCGCAAGGCACGCAAGGAGGCGGCGGAAGAGCGACGCAAGGAAGUUGAGGACUACACCUACAACCCGAACGCAGACCCUACGAUUCCUGGCUCUGGUGGUGGCGGUGGAUACGAAAUGAAAGAGGACUCCUCGUCCGGAUACCGCGGAUGGGGAUCAACAACUCUGGGCGGCGGUUCGACAGGCCGUAAGGCCUCGACGACUAUGUCUGGGGGCAUGGUCUCGGACACCCCAUAUUCGGACCAUCAUUACUCUGACGGUGCUUCGCCCACGCGCGCCACUCACCCUGGCGAGCCUCUGAUGCAGGAUGGGGCUCACUCCCCCGAAGGCGAGAUACUCGGUGCUAUGGGCCCGUCCACGGCUAACAAUCGGGGAGGCAACGUCCGCCGUGGCCCAUCCAAUGCGUCCUCGUCUUACAGUGCUGGUGCACCCUCGGACGGAUCAGGAGAGAUCGGUCAGGCCUAUGGCGGAGACCAGUACUACGCACAAUACGAUCCUUACACCGAAAAUGGCGCAUACAACAGCCCACCUGGUGGCCAGCCUGUUAUUAGGGAUAACCCGGCACGACGGAAUACGCGCAUCGAGAACCCCUCGCAUUUCCCACAGAACCAGAGCGCCGGCAUCUCACAAAACUUCUAA